GAACAGGCGGCCACGAUGAGGGUCAACGAGAAGUACUCGACGCUCCCGGCCGAGGACCGCAGCGUCCACAUCAUCAACAUCUGCGCCAUCGAAGACAUCGGCUACCUGCCGUCCGAGGGCACGCUGCUGAACUCGCUGUCCGUGGACCCCGACGCCGGGUGCCGGUUCGGGCAGUACUUCCGGGACGGCCGGCGCAAGGUGGACUACAUCCUGGUGUACCACCACAAGAGGCCCGCGGGCGCCAGGGGCCUGGCCCGGAGGGCCCCGGCCAGCGACACGGCGCUGGGCGCUCGCCGCGGGAAGCAGGACCACCCGCUGCCCGGCAAGGGGGCCCCGGUGGACGCGGCGCCCGAGCCCCCCGUGGACUUCCAGGAGGACGACAAGCGGUUCCGCAGGGACGAGUACGAGGGCCACCUGCUGGAGGCCGGCCUGGAGCUGGAGCGCGACGAGGACACUAAAAUCCACGGGGUUGGCUUCGUCAAAAUCCACGCCCCCUGGAGUGUGCUCUGCAGAGAGGCUGAGUUUCUGAAAUUGAAGAUGCCAACAAAGAAGAUGUACCACAUGAGCGAGACGCGCGGCCUCCUGAAGACCAUCAACUCCGUCCUGCAGAAGAUCACAGACCCCAUCCAGCCCAGGGUGGCCGAGCACAGGCCCCAGACCAUGAAGAGACUCUCCUACCCCUUCUCCCGGGAGAAGCAGCACCUAUUCGACCUCUCUGAUAAGGAUUCCUUUUUCGACAGCAAAACCCGGAGCUCCAUAGUCUAUGAAAUUCUGAAGAGGACAACGUGUACCAAGGCCAAGUACAGCAUGGGGCAAGGAGAGGGAAGAAGGAAGGACUCUGCCCUUCUAAGUAAAAGGCGGAAGUGUGGGGAGUACGGCAUCACCAGCCUGCUGGCCAACGGCGUGUACUCGGCCGCGUACCCGCUGCACGACGGGGACUAUGAAGGGGACAAUGUCCAGCUGAAUGACCGAAAACUCCUGUACGAGGAGUGGGCGAGCUAUGGGGUCUUCUACAAGUACCAGCCCAUCGACCUGGUCAGGAAGUACUUCGGGGAGAAGAUCGGCCUGUACUUCGCCUGGCUGGGCGCCUACACCCAGAUGCUCAUCCCAGCCUCGGUCGUCGGUGUCAUCGUGUUCCUCUACGGCUGCGCCACCGUGGACGAGAACAUCCCCAGCAUGGAGAUGUGUGACCAGAGACACAACAUCACCAUGUGCCCCCUCUGUGACAAGACCUGCAGCUACUGGAAGAUGAGCUCGGCCUGCGCCACGGCCCGCGCCAGCCACCUCUUUGACAACCCGGCCACCGUCUUCUUCUCCGUCUUCAUGGCCCUCUGGGCCGCCACCUUCAUGGAGCACUGGAAGCGGAAGCAGAUGCGGCUCAAUUACCGCUGGGACCUCACGGGCUUCGAGGAGGAGGAGGAGGCCGUCAAGGACCAUCCCAGAGCCGAGUACGAGGCCAGGGUCCUGCAGAAGUCGCUGAGGAAAGAGUCCAAGAACAAGGAGAAGCGCCGGCAUGUUCCGGAGGAAUCCACAAACAAAUGGAAGCGGAGGGUCAGGACGGCCCUGGCCGGGGUGAAACUGACAGACAAGGUGAAGCUCACCUGGAGAGACCGGUUCCCGGCCUACUUCACCAACCUGGUCUCCAUCGUCUUCAUGGUCGCGGUGACGUUCGCCAUCGUCCUGGGCGUCAUCAUCUACAGAAUCUCCACAGCCGCGGCCCUGGCCAUGAACUCCUCCCCCUCCGUGCGCUCCAACAUCCGGGUCACCGUCACGGCCACUGCGGUCAUCAUCAACCUGGUGGUCAUCAUCCUGCUGGACGAGGUCUAUGGCUGCAUAGCCAGGUGGCUGACCACCAUCGAGGUCCCCAAGACGGAGAAGAGCUUCGAGGAGAGGCUGACCUUCAAGGCUUUCCUGCUCAAGUUCGUCAACUCCUACACGCCCAUCUUCUACGUGGCCUUCUUCAAGGGCCGGUUCGUGGGACGCCCGGGUGACUACGUGUACAUCUUCCGCUCCUUCCGAAUGGAAGAGUGUGCCCCCGGAGGCUGCCUCAUGGAGCUGUGUAUCCAGCUCAGCAUCAUCAUGCUGGGGAAGCAGCUCAUCCAGAACAACCUCUUCGAGAUCGGCAUCCCGAAGAUGAAGAAGUUCAUCCGCUACCUGAAGCUGAGGCGGCAGAGCACGGCGGCCCCCGAGGAGCUCGUGAAGAGGCGGCAGCGCUACGAGGUGGACUACAACCUGGAGCCCUUCGCGGGCCUCACCCCCGAGUACAUGGAGAUGAUCAUCCAGUUCGGCUUUGUCACCCUGUUUGUGGCAUCCUUCCCGCUGGCCCCGCUGUUUGCCCUGCUGAACAACAUCAUUGAGAUCCGGCUGGACGCCAAGAAGUUCGUCACCGAGCUCCGGAGACCAGUGGCCGUCAGAGCCAAGGACAUAGGCAUCUGGUACAACAUCCUCAGAGGCGUUGGGAAGCUGGCCGUCAUCAUUAACGCCUUCGUGAUCUCCUUCACGUCCGACUUCAUCCCGCGCCUGGUGUACCUCUACAUGUACAGCCAGAACGGGACCAUGCACGGCUUCGUCAACCACACGCUCUCCUUCUUCAACGUCAGCGACUUCCAGAACGGCACAGCCCCCAACGACCCCCUGGACCUGGGCUAUGAGGUGCAGAUAUGCAGGUACAAGGACUACCGUGAGCCCCCCUGGUCGGAACACAAGUACGACGUCUCCAAGGACUUCUGGGCCGUCCUGGCGGCCAGGCUGGCCUUCGUCAUCGUCUUCCAGAACCUGGUCAUGUUCAUGAGUGACUUUGUGGACUGGGUGAUCCCGGACAUCCCCAAGGACAUCAGCCAGCAGAUCCACAAGGAGAAGGUGCUCAUGGUGGAGCUGUUCAUGAGGGAGGAGCAGGGCAAGCAGCAGCUUCUGGAUACGUGGAUGGAGAAGGACCGCGACAGCGAGGAGCCCUGCAACCACCACAGUGCCACGCCCCGCCCCGACGCCGGCGCGGGCUCGGCCGUCGCGUACCGCGGGGGCAUGCUGUAG